AUGUUGUUCUGUUUGAAGAACGCUGUGGUUCUGUUUCAUCACACGCGCUGCGGCUCUUCUAGACUCCUCCCGCUUCUGUCCGAGCGCAGACACCGCGUGAAGAGCCGCGUCCGCGCAGAACCCCACGGGCGCGUGCACGGGCGCAUGCACAGACACACGCACGCGGCCCGGACGGGGGGGACCCUAUAUAAGCGCUGCAGCUGUCAGACGCUCACACUGACCAUGUCUUGGGGAUACGCAUCACAUAACGGACCAGACAAAUGGGCCGACAACUUCCCCGUCGCCAACGGACCGCGGCAGUCUCCCAUUGACAUCGUGCCCGCGCAGGCGGUGUACGACUCCAGCCUCAAGCCCCUCAACAUCAAGUACGACCCGUCCACCAGCAUGGACAUCCUCAACAACGGACAUUCCUUCCAAGUGACCUUCGCAGACGACACGGACAGCUCAUCUCUCCGUGACGGCCCCAUCUCCGGGGUCUACAGGCUGAAGCAGUUCCACUUCCACUGGGGGGCCUCUGACGACAAGGGCUCUGAGCACACCGUGGCUGGGGCCAAGUUUCCCGCCGAGCUUCACCUGGUGCACUGGAACACCAAAUACCCCAGCUUUGGGGAGGCCGCCAGCAAACCCGACGGACUGGCCGUGGUCGGGGUUUUCCUGAAGCCCGGAGAUGCCAACCCCAAUCUGCAGAAAGUUCUAGACUGCUUCGACUCCAUCAAGGCCAAAGGCAAGCAGACCUCCUUCACCGGCUUCGACCCCGCCUGCCUCCUCCCGGCGUCUCUGAACUACUGGACGUACGACGGCUCCCUGACCACGCCCCCUCUGCUGGAGAGCGUCACCUGGAUCGUCUGCAAGGAAACCAUCAGCGUCAGCCCUGAGCAGAUGGCCCGAUUCCGUAGUCUCCUCUUCACGCCCGAAGGUGAGGCUGAGUGCUGCAUGGUGGACAACUACCGGCCCCCUCAGCCGCUCAAGGGCCGCGCCGUCCGGGCCUCCUUCCAGUAA